AUGUCCAACAACAUGGCCAAGAUCGCCGAGGCCCGCAAGACGGUGGAACAGCUGAAGCUGGAGGUGAACAUCGACCGCAUGAAGGUGUCGCAGGCGGCGGCCGAGCUCCUCUCGUUCUGCGAGACGCACGCCAAAGAUGACCCGCUGGUGACGCCGGUGCCCGCCGCAGAGAACCCCUUCCGUGACAAGCGCCUCUUCUGCGUCCUGCUCUGAGCCUUCCCGACAGCUUACCUUCCCCUGCCACAGUAUGAAACCAAUAAACGUGGUGACUCUGGUGGUACCCGUGC